GGAAUUUUACACGGGGUGCCGGGAAAGAGGAAAAGAUGCGGACGAAUCUGCCGGAGCUGAUCUUCGGGCUGUAAAAACAAGGCGGCAGUCAGCUGACGGUUCCUGCACCGCGGCUGGUUGACAGCGACGGGAGUGAGGACAGCAGGAGACUCGGUACAAGGGGAGUGCUAUAGAAAUCCUGCCAAAGAAGAUGAAGAAAAACAGAGAAAGGUUCUGCAACAGAGAGAGGGAAUUUGUGUAUGAAUUCAAAGCGGGAAAUCAGUGCUUAGAACUGAGGGUGCCUCUCAAAUUUCCUGUUCAAGAGAAUGCCAGUCAUCUACAUGGCCGUCUGAUGCUGCUGCACAGUUUACCGUGCUUUAUAGAAAAAGACUUAAAAGAAGCUCUGAGCCAGUUUAUCGAAGAAGAAUCCCUCAAAGAUUAUGACAGAGAUGCUGAAGCAGCCCUGGAAGCUGUGAAGUCAGGUGAAGUAGAUUUACAUCAGCUGGCAAGUACAUGGGCCAAAGCUUAUGCGGAGACCACAUUAGAGCAUGCAAGACCCGAGGAGCCCAGCUGGGAUGAAGAUUUCGCAGACGUGUACCAUGACCUAAUCCAUUCUCCUGCCUCUGAAACUCUCCUAAAUUUGGAACACAAUUACUUUGUUAGUAUCUCAGAACUGAUUGGCGAAAGAGAUGUGGAGCUGAAAAAAUUACGAGAGAGACAAGGCACUGAAAUGGAAAAAGUGAUGCAGGAACUGGGAAAAUCACUGACAGAUCAAGAUGUAAAUUCACUGGCUGCUCAGCAUUUCGAAUCCCAGCAGGACUUGGAAAAUAAAUGGUCCAAUGAAUUAAAACAGUCGACUGCCAUUCAAAAGCAAGAGUAUCAGGAAUGGGUGAUGAAACUCCAUCAAGACCUAAAAAACCCCAAAAACAGCUCUCUCAGUGAGGAAAUUAAAGUUCAACCAAGUCAGCUCAGAGAAUCCGCUGAAGCAAAUGGAAGGAUUUAUGAGGAACAGAGAAAGUUAGAAGAAAGUUUUACCAUUCACUUAGGAGCCCAGUUGAAGACCAUGCAUAACCUGAGGUUGCUGAGAGCAGAUAUGCUGGAUUUCUGUAAGCACAAGAGGAGCCACCGAAGUGGUGUGAAGCUCCACCGACUCCAGACAGCACUGUCGCUUUACUCCACGUCCCUCUGUGGCCUGGUGUUGCUAGUGGAUAACCGAAUCAAUUCAUAUAGUGGUAUUAAAAGAGAUUUCGCCACAGUUUGCCAAGAAUGCACUGACUUUCAUUUUCCCCGAAUUGAAGAGCAGCUGGAGGUUGUCCAGCAGGUGGUACUUUACGCCAGAACCCAGCGCAGGAGCAAGCUGAAAGAAUCACACGAUUCUGGAAACCGAAAUGGAGGAAGUGAUGAUAAGACUAAGAAUGCAGAUAGAAACUAUUUAAACAUUCUACCUGGAGAAUUUUACAUUACUCGGCAUUCUAAUCUCUCAGAAAUACAUGUUGCUUUCCAUCUCUGUGUGGACGACAACGUGAAAUCGGGAAACAUCACUGCUCGGGACCCUGCCAUUAUGGGUCUCCGAAACAUACUCAAGGUUUGCUGCACCCAUGACAUCACAACCAUAAGUAUUCCUCUCCUGCUGGUGCAUGAUAUGUCAGAGGAAAUGACUAUACCGUGGUGCUUAAGGAGAGCAGAACUUGUGUUUAAGUGUGUCAAAGGUUUCAUGAUGGAAAUGGCUUCAUGGGACGGAGGAAUUUCUAGGACAGUGCAAUUUCUGGUACCACAGGAAACAACUGUCCAGUAACAACCCUAAGGAGAGCACCACUCCAGACUGGGUCCAUUACUCACUAACACUUUCCACAUCCUUUUCCAAAGAGCCUGGUGAUCCCACCAAGAACAAGGUAGGUGCUCUGUCCUCGGAGCAAGAAAUUGUCUUCUGAGCAUGAAUGCUACCAUUGCAACUGCUUCUAAUGCAAAGCCAGGUAGACAGACAGAAAACUGGGCUGUGCAAGACCAGGGUCAGAGACUGUCAGGGUUUGUACUAUGCCAGGUCAAGUUGAAGUGGGUGUAGUAUGAUCAAAAGAUGUUCAGUUUAUGCCUGUUCAAUAAAUUAGGAGUUUGGGAUUAGCAGAUACAAACUACUAUAUAUAAUAUAAAAUAGAUAACAAGGUCCGGUUACCCACAGUACAGGGGACUAUAGUCAAUAUCUUGUAAUAAACUAUAAUGGAAAAGGAUCUGAAAAAGUAUGUAUCUGAAUCACUUUGCUGUACACCAGAAACUAACACAACACUGUAAAUCAACGAUACUUCAGUAAAAUUAAAUUAAAAAAAAAUUUUUAGUAAAUGAAUAAAAGGCAUUCAAAAAGAGGAGAAUGUUUUCACAGAAUUCCUGUAACUAAGUAUAAAGCCAACAGCUUGAAGGGUGCAGUCAGGUGCAGGGAUAAAGCUUCAUUCACAAAAGGUGGGUGAGAGCUGCUACCCAGCUCUUCCUUUGUCACCUCAAGUCUGUUUUAUUAGGUUUUAUUAGGUAUUAAGUGGCAGCUUUCACAGCAGGGCAAUUUAAAGGUACCAUUUGGCCUAUGAAAUCAAAAUAAAUGUAUUAGGUAUCUGUUUUUCACAUGGUGCUGUAUUGUGAAAUAUACAGAAGUGGUAAGACUGGAAAAAAUCAAGCUAUGGUGUUAUAUACAAUUUUUAUGAAGACACACCAAACACUAAGCCGAUAACAAAUACAUAAUUUACAUACUUUAAAAUACUAAAUGGUAAAGAUUUUAGAUGAAGUCUGUAGUUUUGUAUUUGGACUGAGAAGGAUGAGAUUAAGACUAUUUCCCUGAGUGUUCUAGAAGCCUUCUUGGAUGGGAGUGGUCUCAGACAUUCCAAGAAUAAUGUGAAGAAGAUGGCUUGGCCGGCUGAGAAGAGAAGGGGCAUCCUCGGUGUCGGGUCCAGAUGCGAGCAGGAGUAGAUAAAGGAGGCGGGAUACACAGCCCGGAUGGUGAAGAAGCUGAUCGCAAGAGCCUUCUGCGGAUACCAGGCAGGGCCCAGGCCUUCGUGCAGACAUUGGUGAAGACUGUCUCACUGAGCGUCAGGUUCUCUAUUUGUACAAACAGUUAAGCAUUCCUGCGACAGACAACAAGGUCCUCAAGGCUUUAAAAACACACUUUGGAAAUGAGGCAGGCACUGAGCCUGAGGUCUCCAGUCCCUACUGCCCUUUCCUCCCCUGCCCCCAUUUCUGUUCUCAAAGCACGAAACCCAGCGAGGCUGUAACCUUGCCUCGAUGGGGAAGGGUGGCACCAGCUGUUCCUCGGAAUGACAUUGCAAUGGGAAUGGAAGAAAUGCAUGAAAAGGAAUUUCAAGAGAAACACAACUUAGGUUGCCUGGGUGCUGGCAGAUCUCUUACUGGCACAGUACAUGCUGUCUGUGUCACUGCAGUUGGAUCCUGGCUGAUUCUCACAAGAAGAAAAAAUGUUCCACAAAGGAAAGGUGAAUUCACGGAAAGAUUCCUGUUCAAGAGGCCUUCGGGAGAAUCAGCAGAGCCGUGUUGAAAGAACGAAGAAAGUUGAAAGAGUGGCUCCUCAGGCCUGUUCUCCAGCUUCUAGGUGAAGGAGUUUGCUUCUGUUACUUAGUUUUCCCAUUUAGGUGAAAUUGGACUGCUUUGCCUAAAAGAAGUCAGGGCAGUGUAAAAAUCCUUAUCAUUAUUUAGAAAUAAUAAACAAUAUUUUAUAACACCUAUUUACAAAAAGUUCCAUGAGUUCAGAACCAUUUAGAUGGAUGGUUUUCUAUCCUUGAACCAUCAAAGAACCUUUCCAUUAUCUCCCCCCAUAUUUCCCUGAAAUGUUCUGAAAACUUUCCCUUAGCAAACAAUUUGAGCAGUUACCUGUUUUUCACUCAUCAAAGACAUGUCUGUGGAGCUGAGAGACAGACGGUAUCAUGGCGUAGGAUUAUCACUGUACAGGGGCUCCCCUGGUGGCGCAGAGGUUAAGAAUCCACCUGCCAAUGCAGGGGACACGGAUUUGAGCCCUGGUCCAGGAAG